AUGGGAGAACGUAUAAGGAUAGGGAAAUGGCAGUAUGGUGGAUGGGGUGCUACCAAUGGGGUUAUGAUUUCGAUUGAUACGACGAAAAUGAUCGAAAAUGGUGAUACAUUUUAUCUUCACAAUCCUUAUUAUAAACUGCAUCGACAUAUGUACGUUAUCGUUGGUGUUUGGCCAUACGAAACUGGAUAUUGGUGGCAAUCGGUUCUAUAUUGUCUUAAUUUUGUUCUAAUCACUUUUCUUAUCGUUGGACAAAUACCAAUAUUCUUUACCAUAGAAUGUACCAUAGAAACAAUAUCCGAAAUUUUCUUUAUAUUUGGACCGACUAUAUGCACCGCCACGAUAUAUUAUCUAAUUAAUAUUAUCAAGAAAAAUCAAAAGGAACUUUUGGAUCACAUUAAAAACGAUUGGUACAAUUUGAAAACAAUCGAAGAAUUUUCUAUUAUAAAAGAAUACGCCGAAGGAACCAGAAUUUAUUUGCUAAUAAUGUUGUUUAUAUGUUUCCUGCCAAUUGUUAUUAAAGCAUUAUUAUCAACGAUUUCAUUGAGUAUCGAUUCCUCUUUAAUAAGUAACAAAACUCGUCGUGAAAUAUAUCCGUAUCAAUUCGAACUCUUUUUUAUAAAUACGGAGGAACAUUUAUACUUUAGAAUAUUUAUAUGUUCAUUUCUACUUAUGGUAUUAAGUACCAUAGGAACGAUUAAUAUGGGAUCAUUUCAACUUCUAAUGCAACACGCGUGCGCAAUGUUUCGUAUAGUCGGAAUAAUACUUGAGAAUGCAUUCAACGAGGAAAGAUUAUCCUUUCGUAAAUAUAACGAAGAGGCGAUCUUUGGAACGUUUUAUCGUGUUAUUAAUUCUCAUAAUCGAAUGUUGCAGUUUGAUUUGGAUAAGACGAAUUUGUAUAAAUUUUUCACAACCUUUUUUCACAUGCUCUGCAUGACAUCAAUCGGAAUUCUACAAUCUCAUAUUGGACAAAGAUUGACGAAUCACAGUGCUGAUUUCUUUCAGGAAAUAUGA